CAACUACAAAUACGCCCGCCCACCACGCCCCCAAAACCAUCAAACCGCACCGUGUCCAGCAGCCCCCUCAAAACCCACGGUGCUUUCAGGCAGCGACGAACCGGCGGCGACCCCCACCCGUCCACCCGCCGCCACUCCGUCCAGCGAUGGCGUUCCGGCUGAGCAACAACCUGAUCGGGAUCCUAAACUUCAUCACCUUCCUGCUCUCGAUCCCGAUCCUGGGCGCGGGGAUCUGGCUGGGCCAGCGCGCGGACGGCACCGAGUGCGAGCGGUACCUCUCCGCUCCGGUCAUCGCGGUCGGGGUGUUCCUCCUCGUGGUCUCGCUCGCGGGGCUCGUCGGCGCCUGCUGCCGCGUCACCUGGCUGCUCUGGGUCUACCUCCUCGCCAUGUUCGUCCUCAUCCUCGUCCUCUUCUGCUUCACCGUCUUCGCCUUCGUCGUCACCAAUAAGGGCGCCGGGGAGGCCGUCUCCGGGAGAGGGUACAAGGAGUACAGGCUUGGGGAUUACUCCAACUGGCUGCAGAAAAGGGUCGAGAACACCAAGAACUGGGACAAGAUCAGGAGCUGCCUUGAGGAUUCUAAGGUCUGCAAGAAACUGCAGGACAAGAACGAGACCUUCACGCAGUUCAUAUCUUCCGACCUCUCCCCCAUCGAGUCUGGCUGCUGCAAGCCCCCCACCAUCUGCGGCUACACCUACGUCAGCGGCACCAACUGGACGACGCCCGCCAACGCGACGGCGGACCCGGACUGCCAGACCUGGAGCAACUCGGCGCUCUGCUACAACUGCCAGUCGUGCAAGGCCGGCGUGGUGGCCACGGUGAAGCGGGACUGGAAGCGCGUCGCCAUCGUCUGCAUCGUCUUCCUCGUCUUCAUCAUCAUCGUCUACUCCGUCGGCUGCUGCGCCUUCAGGAACAACCGCAGGGACAACGCCUACCGCGGCGGCUGGAAGGGCGGAUACGCCUGAUCCAAUCCACCAUCGUUUGGGGUUGGAGCAGAGCUGGGGCUCGAUCGGCCGCGCCGCCCUGUCACCAUGCACGCUCGCUCAGUGCUCUGCUCCCUGUCUCGUCGUGGUCACUGCCGUAGUACAUGUUUAGUAGGCUCGUCGAUGUAGCUCUGUACAGGUGAUGGAGAUUAUUGUUACCGCCGACUCUUAUCGUCUUCUUAGUUACAUUAUUAUCCUAUUAUGAUCAGAUCAGCUGUAGGUUUUGUAUACGCUGUUCAUUGAUUCGUCAGACUGCUAUUUUUCAUAUAUAUAUAUAUGGAUGCCUUUAUUUUACCA